AUGACGUCGACACCGGAGGUGGCCCGUAACUUAUCAAGCUUGCUGGAGGGGGAGCUAACCCCCCCGGGCCUCAUAAGUAAUCAAGAGACCACGGCAGCCGGGCCGUCGGAGGAGCCCACCCCGGGUGUCGCUAGUACUACACUGGAAAAAGCAGGUACUACGAUAACCCUCACAAUGGAACACCUUCAGGCGUUGAUCUCGGCCGCAGCCCAGGGUAAACCUCCCGAGGUCGGAGGAGGGGGUAGCAUGGAAAAGCGAAAGCCGGAGUCGCAGCCGGGGGUGUCGACGAUAGACGACGAGCUCCUAAUACUGCCGUCAGCCGAGAUUGAGGGAAUGGCGGGCACCCCCUUCACGGCGAGAUUACAGCACGGGGAGCUGCCGGCCACCUAUCGACCCGUCACGUAUGAAUAUACCGGGGCCACCGACCCCUGGGAGCACGUCUCUCGGUUCGUCACGUCCGCUUCUCUUCACAGGCUAACGGACGGGGUAAAGUGCAGGGUCUUCGCAACUACCCUGGCAGGCCCCGCGCAGAGAUGGUUCAGCCAGUUACCCCGAUGCUCGGUCGAUGGCUUUACCCAGUUUAGCGAAUUGUUCCUAAACCACUUCGCGAGCUCCAAGAAGCAGAAAAGAAGCACGCUUACCCUGUUCGCAGUACGGCAAAAGGAAGGCGAACCAUUAAGGAACUACGUGCAGAGAUUUAAUGCUGCCACCCUCGAAGUCCCUGUCACUAGUGAAGAGGUGCUCAUCAACGCGCUGGCCCAGGGUCUACAAAUGGGAGAGUUCUUCGACUCCCUUUCCAAGAAGGCACCGGCCUCUUUCAAUGACUUGCUCCGGAGAGCCGAAAAGUAUAUCAACGCAGAGGAGGCCCGCCGCAGCAGGGCCUCGGAACCAGCCCCGACAACUGACAAACGUAGGGACAAAAGUCGAGUGGAAGUAAAGAAGCAAGAACCCUUCUCGCGCAGAGAAGUGGGCACAGAGCGACGAACGGGACCCCGUACGCACCCUUAA